AUGCUCUUCCCAGGUGGACCGAGAGAUGGGCUGGGUUUCGCCGGUGCCCAAGACGGGGCUCAGUUAUUUACGCUGUCAAGGUUCUGCUUGGGGCUGUGGUGGUCGCUCGGCCUGGCCUGCUGCUCCUGUGGGACCACCUUCGACGCCUCUGAGGGCAUUCUCAACCACAUCACUCUUCGGCCGGACAUCACCAUGGCGUCCCUGAACCUCUCGAUCAACGGCGCUUCUAUCCGAUCCAGCUACCAGGGCGUCAUCAACGCCUCUGGCGCCGGAUCCUCCUCUACCUAUGCCAACUGGGCCCUCUUCUCCGUCCAGGCCCCCUUGGCCAACGCCUUCCAGGACGCCGGCAACAAGGAGAGCAUCCUGAAGGUCCAAUCCACCGGCGAGGGCGAGUUGGAGGAGCUGCUGGAGGACUUCAACGAGGGCCGCGUCCAGUUCGCCUUCCUGAAGGUCAAGGACCCGAAUACCGGCCUCCCCAAGUAUGCCCUGAUCGCAUGGUGCGGCGGCGGCGUUCCCGAGAGGACCAAGGGCUACUUUACUAGCCACCUCAACGCCGUCUCCAAGGUGCUCCACGGCUACCACGUUCAGAUUACCGCUCGGUCAGACACGGACAUCGAGCCUGCCAACAUCCUCCAGAAGAUCUCGGAUGCCUCUGGCGCCAGGUACACCGCUGGCGGCAGCGCUCCCGUCAAGUCGUCAGCAGCUCCGCCCCCGGUCAAGUCCAAGCCCGUAUUCCCCACCACCUCGAGCUCGACCAUCUCCUUCAACCCCAUCGUGGCCGCCCGUAAUGCCCAGUUGCGCCAGAAGACCGACGACGACGGUUGGGGCGAAGAUGCACCCCAGGUCAACCGCGACAGAUUGGAGAAGGUCGAGUCCGCUUACAAGCCCACCAAGGUCGAUAUAAACGCUCUGAGAAGCCAGGCCCAGCCCUCCCGCUACAACGGGGGCCAAUCCCAAGACGACGACAGACCAGGCGUAGUCAGAGGCGCAUACCAGCCCGUUGGCAAGGUCGACAUUGCCGCCAUCCGCGCGGCUGCCAAGGAGAAGCCGGACGACAGGCCGACCACCGUCAAGGGUGCCUAUGAACCUGUUGGCAAGGUCGACAUUGCCGCCAUCCGCGCCCGCGCGAAGCCCUCGGAACCCGCCCAACGCGACGAGGCACCCGAGCCACCGAAGCCCGUGUCAGAGCGAAGCGCUGCAUUCACCCCAUCGGAGCGCAUCACGGAGCUUCCCAAGCCCAAGGUCGCAAAGAAGUUUGGCGGCGCAUCCUCGUUCCAAGGCACCAAGCCCCUGAACCCUGGCGGGUUUGGCCUGCUAGGCCCUUCUGGCGCCCCUACGGAGAUCCAGGUCGGUUCAGCGGGACGGUCCUUCGCAGCUGCCAGUGGAAAGACCCCCGCCCAGCUCUGGGCAGAGAAGAAGGCAGCCCAGGCUGGCGGUGGCGCGCCCGCCGUCAGCCCGCCGGUCACGUCGCCCAUCGCACCUCAGACGAGCGGCCAAGCUGGCUGGCAGAGCGGAUACAGCGGCAAGAGCUGGGCUCCUGUCCAGACUGGAGGGUACGCGCGUGGAAUCCCCGGCCAGAAGACCGGCGAGACGGUGGGCAGCCAGGGAUCGGUCGAGCCUGAGGCCAAGCCGGAAGGAGUCAGCUCUAUCAAGGACCGUUUCAAGGGCGCUGCCCCCAUUGGCGUUGCCGCUGGAGCGGGUGCCGGUAUCGGUGCAGCAGCAGCCUACGCAGCCCACGAGGAUCAACAAGAGGAAGAGGACACCGCACCCCCGCCGCCGCCGCCUGCCGCAAGCAGACCCGAAGCCCCUUCGGGUGGAUUCGCGUUGCCGGGCAUGCCUCCUCGGCCGCCGCCUGUCACUGACGAGGAAGAGGAAGAGGAGGAGCCUGAGCCGAUUAAGGUUGCAAUGCCCGUUGCCCGCGGUCCCGAGCCCGAGAUUGAGCCCGCCGCCGAACCCCCUCGCUCUUUACCUGUCCGCUCCCUCGCCGAAGAGGCGCCCAAGGAAGAGGACCUGCCUGAGGAGGAAGAUGCCUACGACCCUCGUGCUGCCGGUACCGCGGUCGCCGAGCAACAGUUCGGCGAAGAGCCUGUGGCAGACGCGUCUGGUGCUGCAGGUGGCAAGCGUGCCCUAAUUCAGUAUGACUACGAGAAGGCUGAGGACAACGAGCUCGAGCUCCGCGAGGGAGAAUAUGUGACUAACAUCGAGAUGGUGGAUGAGGACUGGUGGAUGGGCACCAACUCUGCCGGCGAGAGCGGUCUUUUCCCCUCGAACUACGUUGAGCUGGUAGAUGACGAUGAAGCCGCAGCUCCUACCGGUGCCGUGCCCCCGCCCCCUCCUCCUGCCGCUGCGGACCCCGAGCCCGAACCGGAGCCGGCGGGCGAUGCCGGCGGCGCAACGGCGACAGCCCAGUUCGACUAUGAAGCUGCAGAAGACAACGAGCUGAGCUUCCCCGAGGGUGCCAAGGUCACGAACUUGGAAUUCCCCGAUGAUGACUGGUGGUUUGGUCACUACAAUGGCGCGUCCGGUCUGUUCCCGGCCAACUACGUUGAGCUGGACCAGUAG